GUCACUACCGCACGUGAAUCACAAUAAGCAAGCUUGUACAACUCCAGCGUAGGAUUCAAGCUCUAGGUUUUUUCAUCGGAACGUCUUGCACUUCUGCUUUACGUAGAAUUAUUUUCUAUGGAAUCUCCGACAAAUGGCAGUGGCUGUUUUCCGUCGAGCUCUGUGGACUUCACCGAAGAAGAGAUAAGCUUAUACUUGAAGACAAUAAAUACAAUAUCUUUAAAAGUUAAAAGAUAUGAGACAAUUAGCAAUCUCAAAUCAAUGAUACGCGAGAAGGCAGGCAUUUCAGAGAAUGUCCAGGAGCUCUUUUUUGUUGGUAAUCAGCUCAAGAAUGACCGGAGGCUAGUUGAUUAUGGUAUCCCGCAAGGCUCCACCCUCCACCUUGUUCUACAGAAUCUAGUUGCAAUGAGAAUAUAUGUUAAAAUGCCAUCAGCUCAGAAAAUCAUUGCAGUUGAUUUAAGGACUUAUGAUACUAUCCAAAACAUCAAAUCAAUCAUUCAAGCAAAGGAGGGGAUUCAACCAGAUCGGUACACUCUUAUCCACAAUGGAAAAGUACUUGAGGAUGACAGGAUCCUAGCUGCACUCAAUAUUCCAAAUGAGUCAACCAUUCAUUUGAUUUUUAAUCCGAAAGAUGUCAUACCAAUUUUUGUCAGAACAGUGACUGGAGAGAUUUUGAAACUCGAAGUUAAAGUUUUGCAUACAGUCCAUGAUGUCAAGGCAAUAAUUGAGAGCAUGACAGGUGUCCUGGUGAAUGAUUUGGAUCUGAUCUAUGCAGGAAAGCGAGUCGAGGAUUCCAAGACAUUGGCUUCUUAUGACAUUAAAGAAGAAGCCACCCUAGACAUGUUUCCUGCCAUGAUGCAGAUAUUUGUUAAGACAUGGACUGGGAAGACCAUUACUCUUGAUGUACAAAAAGGUAAUACAAUCGCAGAUGUCAAGGACAAGAUUAUUCACAAACUGAAGAUUUUAGCUGAUCACCUGAGUCAUGUGAGCAUUAUAUUCGCUGGAAAAAGGCUUGAUGAGGGCCAAGAUUUAGCAAGUUAUGGCGUCCUGAUGCAUUCCACUCUCCACAUGGUCUUUUCGCCUUCAGCAAGAAUCAGUCAGAUGAAAUUAGCUGACAUCGGGAACCCAAUACAAAACUUUACUACCAUUCGCAUUUUGAAGAGUAUGAUUGAGAAGAAGAUGAAAGCUCCAGUGAAGGAAAUUUACUUUCAGGGAACAGCUUUGCGGGAUGAUCGUUCACUUGCAUAUUACAGGAUUGACAGUGAGGCAUCGGUAAAGGUUAUUUUUUGAAGGAUGUUAGACGUGUAAUGAAAUCUAAAUGUGUCUGGAAAACAUGAGAAUAGACAUGCAGUGGAUUGUCUUUUAAUAUACCGUGUAAUUCUGCAGAUAUAGAAUAUGUGACAAAAAUGUAGUUGUGAAAUAGAUGGAAUUCAUGGUUUGAAAGGCAUUUUAAA